UACACACCUCUCUCCCUCCACUCUCUCCCCAACAUACAAUGCACACCCAACCCCAUCCCCACCAACAAUUAUCCAUCAAUCCUAACCCAAAGGAAUAAAGAACAUGCCCCCCCUCCCAAAAUGCAUCCACAUCAAAACCACCCCCGCGCCCCGCUCCCUCACCGAAAGCAAACUCAUUCUCGCUGCGCUCCAAAAAUUCGGUGAAGUCGUGACGUUUCGCAAUUUAAAGUACGACCCAUCGAAUAAAUCGCCCAAAUCGGCCGAGAAUACGAUCGCCAUUUUUGAGUCUGUGGCGGCGGCGACGGCCGCGGUGGAGGCGUCGCCGUUGAGGAUACAGAUUCCUAUCUCUAGUCCUGUUGCUGUUCCUGGUGUCGGGGAGAGGGUACAUUCUUUGCAUACACAUCCACAUACACAUUCGCAAUCACAAUCGCAAUCAUCAUCACACAAACAAUCACACACAGCACCACAUACACCACUCACCCAACCACACCCCCCCAUUCCCCCAGAAAUAGAAGCAGAGAAAAACACCCUAACCUGCACCAUCCAACCCUCCCGCCACAACCACGCAUCCGCAAUGACACGCAACCCCUACCAUACAUUCUUCUACGUGGACAAGACGAGUCACAUGUACGAGGACCUCGUGAAGACGGGCAUCCCGUUGGAUUAUUUGGCGGAUGGGCCGAUGGGGCGGAAGACGCAGGUGCCGGAGCGGGUGAAGCGGAAUUUGGAUCGUGAUGUUUGGAGGUUUGGGGGGAAGAGUUUGAUGGGGUUGUAUCGGUUUGGGUUGGGGGAGAAGGAGAAGGAGAGGGUAGAUGGGGAUGGGGAGACGAUAGGGGAGGGGGCGGAAGGAGAGGGAGAGGUAGGAGGGGAGAGGAAGGAGGUUAUGAAUUCAUGA